AUGGCGGAUGAUGGAGAGUCGCUGGAGUCCUGGCUCAACAAGGCCACUAACCCUUCCAACAGACAGGAAGACUGGGAGUAUAUCAUGGGAUUCUGUGACCAAAUCAAUAAGGAGCUAGAGGGCCCACAAAUAGCGGUUCGACUUUUGGGUCAUAAGAUUCAGUCCCCUCAGGAAUGGGAGGCGUUACAAACAUUAACGGUUUUGGAGGCUUGUAUGAAGAACUGUGGGCGAAGGUUUCACAAUGAAGUUGGGAAAUUUCGAUUUUUAAACGAACUAAUCAAAGUGGUUUCACCAAAAUAUCUAGGAGACAAAGUAUCAGAGAGGGUGAAGACGAAAGUGAUUGAGAUGCUGUACAGUUGGACUGUGUCUCUACCAGAUGAAGCAAAGAUCUGUGAAGCCUAUCAGAUGCUGAAGACACAGGGUAUUGUUGUAGUUGACCCAGAAAUCCCUCUGGAUGCCACAUUAAUACCGUCACCUUCUCCGAGACCCAAAAAUCCUGUGUUUGAUGAUGAGGAGAAGAGCCGGAGAUUGUCACUGCUACUGAAGAGCAAAAAGCCUGAAGAUCUGCAAGAGGCCAAUCGGCUCAUAAAGAACAUGGUUAAGGAGGAUGAGGUGAGAACACAGAAAACAACAAAACAAAAAAGCACACUGGAGGCAGUUAACAACAGCGUCAAACUCCUUAAUGAGAUGCUCGCUUACUUCAACCCGGAAGACUCCUCUGACGAUGACAAGGAACUCAUUAGGGAGUUAUAUGGUGAUUGUGACAAGCUUAGACAAACAGUGUUCCAGCUGGCUACUGAGACUGAGGAUAAUGACAGCAACUUGGGAGACAUUUUGCAGGCCAGCGAUGACCUCUCCCAUGUCAUUAAUUCUUAUAAGAAUAUUGUGGAAGGACAGACCAUCAACGGAGAGUCUGAAGAAGCACAACAAACAAGAUCAGCACUUAAAAGAGGCACUGGCCGCACAUCUCAGUCAGAGAUUCUGAUUGACCUGGUGGGUCUGGACGUCCAGAGCCCCUCUCCACCAGAGCAGCAACCCCCCACAUCUUCUAUGUCUAUUCCAGCUGACCUGCUGUGUGGGACUGCUGCCACUGAACCUCAGUCUUCAAGCACAAAUGCACCCUCUGCAGCACUUUCUCUGCUGGAUGAAGAGCUGCUGUCUUUAGGCCUCAAUGAACCCGCUCCCGUUUCAAGUAAAUCAACAGCACCAACACAUGUAAACCUGAGCAAUCAUUUCCAAACGAUACAGGAUUCCAGUAAGGAUUUGGAUCUUUUUGACACUACUUCACCUCCGGCUCCUGCAUUCUCGACAUCAUCAUUUUUUCCAUGCACCCUCUCUGCAACAGUAACUUCAGUUAGCCCCACCAAGUCUUCAACAACAGCCUCUGCCUUAAGUUUCUCUGGCGCUAUGUUCUCCACACCUUCUGUUUCAACACAGUCUGUCUCAGGAACAUCACAGUCACAGCAGUUGGUCAGUUCAGGAUUGACCAUUACAGCCCCAGCGGCUCUCCCUCAGUCAUACAGCUCAGUCUUGUCUGUUCCAUCAGCCACCGCUGUCACUCAACAACAGGCCUCCGCUGCAGCAGUGCCCUCCCUGUCUUCUUCUCCUUCUUUCAAUAACAAUCUGCAAGACCUAGCCUUGCUUGAUGUGAGCAGUCCUAAAAAUACACCUGGUGUGAUGGAUUUUGGCAGCUUGCUAGCCAAGUGUGAAGAUCUGCAUGCUCCUUUCACCCUGUUGUCCAGUCUUGGAGGCACCUCCACCACAUCCCAACCUUCACUCAUAGGAGGGAUACCAGGAGGGUCCACUAUUCCACCUGUCAAGUGUCAGGCAGAUGACAGCCCUCUAUUGCGCUCUCUGUCCCCUAUCCUCCCACUUAGCCAGCCAAAUCCAGGCAGUGGAGAAGAGGUAUCGCUGGCCAAUGUUUUUGUACCUUUGGAUGCCAUCAAGCCAAGUAAGGUGUGUCCUGUGACGGCGUAUGACAAAAAUGGUGUCCGUCUUCUGUUGCAUUUUGCCACUGACUGUCCACCAGGCAGGCCUGAUGUUCUGGUGAUGGUGGCAUCUAUGCUUAACACAGCCCCGCUGCCCGUCAGGAACAUUGUUCUGCAGGCUGCUGUGCCUAAGACAAUGAAAGUGAGACUGCAGUCACCCUCGGGCACAGAGCUGGCUCCUUUUAACCCAAUCCUUCCCCCUGCUGCCAUCACUCAGGUCAUGCUGCUUGCCAAUCCUCUCAAGGAAACCGUUCGGAUGAGAUACAAACUUACAUUCACACUGGGAGAGCAGCCACACACAGAAGUGCGGGAAGUGAAUGACUUUCCACCUGCUGACAGAUGGGGGGCUCUAUAGCCCUGCCUACCCUUCAGUCUGUCAGUGCAGCUCAGAGGUCAAGAGAAAGGGCAGUGUUGGAAGACUUAUAGGGAAAAUGUCAUGAAUAUAAUCUAAACUCUAAUAGACAUUUUACAGAGAAUGUCUGCUUGGAUGGCUCAGCUAAGUAGCCAAAGUCAUGAUGCAUACAUCCAAUGUAAACUACUCUACAGUUCCAUACAGGUGUGUGCAAUGAUUGAAUGUUGAUGGUGGUUACGUGGGAAAAUCAUUGUAUGGUCAUUUUGAGUAAUGUUAAGUUAUUAUUAUGUUGUUACUAUUACUAUACCCUUUUAUUCUCAUUUAUGCUUUAAUACAUGUACUCCUACCCUUCCAUCAUAUCAGAACUGAUUGGAGUAUACUUGCACUUUUGAAAGUCAGGCAGUCUUAUUAUACAGUAAAACACAUGUAGAAGGAGACUGUGAAACCAGGUUCAUGCCAUCAUGUGAUCAAAACCUGCAUUUCACAUGAUGUACUGCUGACUAUUUAUCAAUCAGUUAUUCUCACUUCACAUUUCCCUAUAUGCCUCACAUUUACUACUGAAUACUUUUACUAGUCUUUUGAGUUCUGUACAAACUCAUAGCUCAGACUCUUGGUGUGCAUUUUAGUCUUUCAGUAUUUAUUAUCAUGAAUGUGUUAUUUAUUUUUUGUUUGGGGUGCAAGGUAUGAGAUUGGUUAACUUUACUGUAUGGUAUUGGAACUGUUGUCCUGCAUUUUCUUCUUAUGAUGGUAAUUUUCAGUACUGAAGUAAAGGGGGGUACACAUGGUGUGUCUGAGAAGCUUUAAUGUUACUAAAUAUUCAAGCUGACAUUUUAUAAUAUGUCGCAUUAUGUAGCAACAGUGCAGUGGAUUCUGAUGGAAUGAGAGGUGUCUUGUUACAUAUCCAGGCUGUGAAAUACAGAUAGCAUGUUCAUAUAAAAUGGUAAUCCUAGCAGCUCAUUUUCAGUGAUACAACAUGAACCAUUUAUGGUAAGGGGUCAACUGUUUGCAUUGAGUGGGUGUGCUUAAAGAAGUACAGAUCAGGUGACGAUUCUCCCCUAGAAACAUAAAGUCAUACAGUUGUAAAGUAAAUGUCAUGUAUAGCUCAGCCCUUGCUCCCCCAUGUUUGAUUAUGUUGUGGAAAUCAAGCUAGAGAGUGAGGAUAUUUUCCCUGGGUCAACUGUACAUGUUAAGCUUGUGUGUGAGUUUCCUAUAUCAAACUAGGAAAAGUAUUUCUUUUUUUAAGCCUUGAGAAAAUAAAUCAGUAAAUAUUUUGUGGUGAAUCUCAAGCAUUACACUUACCAUGCAGUUAUCAGAAAACAGUACUGUUGUAUUUCUGGAGCAAUUAGUGUUAUAUAGGAGAUUCUCUACAUAUUUCUUAUAAAAGUAUUAUUUAUUUGUCUUAGAUUGUUAAAUGAACUUGUCAUUGGAUAUUUUUGAAAAGCUGUUUCUGUGCAUGGAG